AUGGCUGACCCUUUAAGCAUUACUGCAAGUGUUGUUGGCAUUGUUGGGCCUGCUUUACAUGGUAUUCGGCUCCUAUCAGAGGACCUGAAGCAGAUCAAAGAUGCCCCGGACAAUGUAGCAGCACUACGAGAAAGCAUAGACUCAGUCGAACGAUCUCUUAGCAGUCUUGAUAAAAUCGGCGACAAAGUAUGGGACUCAUUAGGGGUCGCUGAGAAUACAAAAACGACUAUCAAGGCAUGCGGUGAUACAUGCGAAGAAUUCCGAGCGGAUCUGCAACGCUGGACGAAACACUCGGGUGCUUCCCUGUCGUUACUGGACCGAUCUAAGAUCGGAUUCUGGAAGCAGCAUCAUAUUCGGUCGAUGGAAAAGAAGCUUCUCAACUGCCAAGUCACUAUCACCGAGGUAGUCAGCAUAGCGACACUUAUAAGCUCCCUGCGCAAUAGUGAUAUCACGGAAGAGGCACGGGUUGGAAAACAGCGGGAGGUCACCAUGGCUAUUCAGAAAGCAGAUCUUCAAAGUACAGACCUCGCUGGCCGGAAGAAAGAAAUCAGAAUGCUUGAUCUGAGUGAGGAUGAAUUUGAUGACACAUGGUCUCGGCUUGAACAAGAAAAGAAAGCACUGGAAUUGUCACAGGGGCUGCUAAAGGAAUUAUUGGCAAAACUCCAGAAGCCUGCCAUGUCACAAAUUGCAGCCAAGAUGAAAGAUCACUCGGUGACAGUGACUUUCGGGAACAACAAUGUCAACCGAGGAAUACAGCUUGGUGUUAACAACGGUACCAUGAGCAAUCUAACGUUUAGUAGUAAUGACUACUGA